AUGGUACUCAACCAACUCACUGUUUUCUUCAUGAUCAGCUUCUUGCUGGAGUCCUUGACAAUAAUUGUGCAGAGUAGCUUAAUUGUUGCAGUGCUGAGCAGAGAGUGGGUGCAAGCCAAAAGGCUGUCACCCGUGGACAUGAUUCUCAUCAGCCUGGGCAUCUGCCGCUUCUGUCUACAGUGCGCAUCAGUGCUGUACAACUUUUGUUCCUACUUCUACUCUAACUGUGUACUGUGGUACUUACCAGUCAUCUGGGAAUUUACUAAUAUUCUUACAUUCUGGUUAACCAGUUUGCUUGCUAUCAUCUACUGUGUCAAAGUCGCCUCCUUCACCCACCCCAUCUUCCUCUGGCUGAGGUGGAGAAUUUUGAGGUUGGUUCCCCGGCUGUUGCUGGGCUCUCUGCUGAUUUCCUGUGUGGCAAUCACUGUUUCAGCUACUAGACAACACAUCAAGAUUCAUUUACUCUCCUUGCUGCAUUUCCAUGGAAACAGCACUGAGACCAAGAGACUUAAUACAGCUAUGGACAAGUUUUACACAUUUCAGCAGCUGGUCUUGUUGGUUAUUCCAUUCCUCCUGUUCCUGGCCUCCACCAUCUUGCUCAUAGCCUCAUUGUCCCAACACUUGGGGCAGAUACAACAUCACAACACUGGCCACAGCAACUCCAGCAUAAAAGCUCACUCCAGCGCCCUGCGGUUUCUCGCCUUCUUUCUCAUCUUCUUCACCUCUUACUUUCUGACCGUAAUCGUCUCCAUUACGUACAUCCAACCAGACAAUAAUGUCUGGUUCUGGGCCUGGGAAACUAUCAUCUAUGCUAUAGUCUCUAUUCAUUCCACUUCACUAACGCUAAGCAGCCCUCAACUGAGAAAGGUUUUGAAGACCCUUUACCUGCACUUUUCUUUGCCGUAUAAAAUAGGUCAGCUUCAGAUGAGAUCAAUGAUCUUACUAAAACGACUGAGUUAUGACAGUUUUUGCCAUGCACCAUCUCAGUUGGGCAGACAUACAAGCCUUACUGAAUAUUUUGCUUACAGGGAUGAGCAGAGGUUGGUAUUGGAUAUGGCAAAUGAAGAGGCUCAAAGACUGCACCAAGAAAAUCCAGAAGGGGCUCCCAACCUUACUAAGGCAGUACCUUUACCCAAGCCCAACUGGGACCAUAAUGUGAAUGGCCUUUCUCUCUUAGAGCAUUAUAAGAGGUGCAUCCUUGAGGGUCUGAAGAAAGGAGUCCCUAAGCAGAAAAGUCUCAAGCCUAACUCUGCCAUGCUAAUGCAUGAUUGUGCUGAAAUAAUUGAUGAGGUUUAUUCUAGCAGAAUUGAUUUACAGGACCAGCCUCUAGAAGAGGCAGACUGCACUCUAUAUGCAGAUGGAAACAGUGAUAUGGACACAGGAAACAGAAAGGCUGGGGAUGCACUUGAGACUCUUGAAGGAAUAGCAGAGGCUGAGGCACAACCAAUGGGAACCUCUGCUCAGAAAGCGGAAUGGAUUGCAUUGACAGGGGCACUAGAAUUUUUGCGCAAAAAGAGAGUGUGUAUACCGAGUCAAGAUUUAGAGAAAGCUAAGAGCUGGGGCUUUGAUGAAGAUGAUCCCUAUCAAGGAUGGAGAAACAAUAAGAAAGGAGUUAUACUGCUUCUUGAACAGUUAGUAGAGCCAGUUCUAAAGCAUUUGCAUGAGGCCACUCAUGAUGGAAGGGACUCAUUAACCAUCUAUAUCAAACUGUGGCUCACAGGUCCUGGAAUUUCUAAAGCAAUAUGA